AUGGACGCCGGGUUGGAAGAAUUGGUCCUCUCUGGAGCUCUUUUCAACAAGGGUGGUGAUGGUGAAAAGUCUCCUCAGCGGUCUCGUUCGGUCAGCCCUACGCCGAAUACUGACGACGAACUGUUUGGAUCCGACUUUUCACGCCCUGAAUCGCCAAUAGAUGCCCCUCAAGCUCAUAAUUCGAUUGGUGAAUAUAUUUUAUUGCCCGCCACAGACGUUUUCUCAUCUCACCAGGGUAAAACCCCUUGCGUUAUUUUUGUGGCAGGAAUGGGACCAGGACGCACAGGUGUUAAAGGCGUUAUUCGGGACCGUGCCGAGGCGAGGGCUCGAGAAAAUUCGAAACGAGCACAGGAGAUUGCCGAGCUGAAUGCCAAAUUGGAAAAGACGGCCCUUACAGCACGAACGUUUAAAGAAGACGAAGUUGCGAAGAAACUGGAAGAAGAGCAGGAUGCGAAAGAGCGGUACCGAAGGCGCAGGUGGCGUGAGUUGAAGGAACGGGCAACAGGCGGGAGUGCUGGAUUCGGUCAUCUGCGCGAAAUCGGUGUACACGGCUUUGUCGAUGCCGUAGAGAACGAGAGGCCUCAAACAUGGGUUGUAGUGCAUAUCUACGAACUAGGAGUAUCUCGCUGUGCUGCUGUGGACGAAUCUCUAGCACGUAUCGCCCGUUCACAUGUUUCGACCAAGUUUUUGAGGGCUAGAGCUAGUGCCAUCGGUUUUGCGGUAUUAAAUUCGGGCUCCGGUUUAUUUGACCCCAGGAUUGCCCCUGUCUGUGCGAUUGAUAGUGACGAGGAACAUGGGUCCGACGCUGGCCCAUCAGUCGAAGUUGAUGUUGAUAUGCUACCCACAGUAUUGGUGGGCAUUCAGAACCUUUUGAUCAAACACGGAAUAUUGCCCUCCAUGUCGUUCAGCACGAACCCGGUUGACUCGCUUGGCCUUCAGGAAAGUGACGAGGAGUACGACUUGGAUGACUAA